AAGCAGACAAAUUUGCCGACAAGUUUCUAUAAAUACAAGCCCAACAUGCAUAUCAGAAUGAAGAUCUUUCUAUCAAACGGCUCAUCUUGCUGACUUUUAUCUUUUUGCACCGUAAAACCCUUCUACUUAAAAAACAAGAACAAAAAAAGAAGUCAUGUUAAGCAGCGGGAGUGAUUGUAGCAAAUCGCUGCUUGACGACCUUGACAUCAACCUCAGAGCAAAGAGGAGAUGGCGCAUGGCGUAUCUGGCUUUACGUGUUGUUCGGGUCAUGCUAGAGCUUCCCAAAGAGAUUAUAUCGAGGGCAAGCAACUACGAAGGCGACGAUGAGAUUGUUCACUACAGUUUUGUGUCUGAUGAAGAUGCAGGCCUCAAAGAAAUGGCCAAGGAAAAAGACUUGGCUACUGCUCUAAGUAAGCCCGGAGGAGUAUUUACAGCAGGUCUUGCAACUUCUGAUUAUACCAAAAGCCAUUAUGAUUAUGGAAAAUUGCUCCAUGACAUCACCACAAUCACCUUCACCAGAGCCAAGAAGAGAUGGCGCAUGGCCUUUGCAGCCAUAUACGCUGUCAGGGCAAUGCUUUCGCUUCCCAAAGAGAUUGUAGCCAAGAGAAACAACUACAAACACCGCUCUGAGAUCUUCCACUCUUUUUCUCACACCGCACCGGACAUCGAACCAAACACGGCCUUGGACUUGAAACCAAGAACAAAAUCUCAAACUGAUGCCUACGGUUUUGUCCCCAACCUUGACUUCGACCAUGCAGGGCUCACAACAAUGGUUAAGGAAAGGAACUUGGGUGCUGUAAACGAGUCUGGAGGAAUUAUAGGCAUUGCUGCUUCUCUGAGGACAAACCCUGAAAACGGAAUCUAUGGAAACGAUUUACAUGUCAACAAGCGGCGCGAAGUUUAUGGAUCAAACACCUACCACAAGCAGCCUCCAAAAGGGUUGCUCUAUUUUGUGAUCGACGCUUUAAAAGACACAACCAUUCUGAUUCUAUGUGUCUGCGCAGCACUUUCUCUUGGAUUUGGAAUCAAAGAGCAUGGGGCGAAGGAAGGCUGGUACGAGGGAGGGAGUAUCUUUGUUGCUGUAUUUAUUGUCAUUGCUGUCUCAGCUCUGAGUAACUUUAGACAAGAAUUGCAAUUCGACAAGUUGUCGAAAAUAAGUAGCAACAUCAAAGUUGAGGUACUUAGAGACAGACAGAGACAAGUAGUCUCCAUUUUCAAUAUUGUAGUCGGAGAUGUUGUGUUUCUGAACUUGGGAGAUCAAAUACCUGCAGACGGAUUGUUCCUAGACGGCCAUUCCUUACAAGUGGACGAAUCGAGCAUGACGGGAGAGAGUGACCAUGUAGAAGUUGAUUCUGCCAAGAACCCCUUCCUGUUGUCUGGUGCAAAGGUGGUAGACGGCUAUGCCCGAAUGCUCGUUACAUCAGUUGGGAUGAACACGGCGUGGGGCGAAAUGAUGAGCUCAAUAUCGCAGGACACAAGCGAAAGAACACCAUUACAAGCAAGACUUGACAAACUAACCUCUUCUAUUGGAAAAGUAGGCCUUAUAGUUGCUUUCCUAGUUCUGGUAGUCUUGUUGAUUCGUUAUUUCACCGGUAACACAAAAGAUGAGUACGGAAAUAAGGAGUAUAGUGGUAGCAACAAAAACAUAGAUAAUGUGUUGAACGGAGUGGUUCGAAUUGUUUCUGCUGCAGUCACUAUUGUGGUGGUGGCAAUCCCAGAGGGUUUGCCGUUGGCGGUCACACUAACGCUAGCUUACUCGAUGAAAAGAAUGAUGAAAGAUCAGGCUAUGGUCAGAAAACUACAAGCUUGUGAGACAAUGGGAUCAGCAACCGUUAUUUGUACAGACAAAACAGGUACUUUGACAAAAAAUGAAAUGGAAGUCACUAAGUUUUGGCUUGGCCAAGAACCUAUUGAAAAAGAUAAUUCAAUCAAACAAAAUGUCUCUGAAUUUUUCCAUCAAGGAGUUGGUUUGAACACAACUGGGAGUGUUUACAUACCUCUCUCAGGAUCCAAACCUGACAUCUCUGGCAGUCCAACAGAAAAAGCUAUUCUGUAUUGGGCUGUUUCAGAUUUGGGCAUGGACAUGGAAAAAAUGAAGCUUAGUUAUGAUAUUCUUCAUGUUGAAACAUUUAACUCAGAUAAGAAACGAAGCGGAGUUCUUAUAAAGAAAAAGGAAGAUAAAUACAUCCAUGUGCACUGGAAAGGAGCUGCUGAGAUGAUAGUUGCAAUGUGCUCAAGUUAUUAUGAAACCGACGGAGCUAUAAAGUCGUUGGAUGAAGGAAGUAGGUCUAAAAUUGAGAAAAUAAUCCAAGGCAUGGCAGCUAGCAGCCUCCGGUGCAUUGCUUUUGCUCAUACACAAAUUUUAGAGGAAGAAAUUGAAUACAGCAAUGAUGAGAAGACUCACCCAAGGCUCAAAGAAGAUGAACUGAUCUUGCUAGGAGUAGUUGGUCUCAAAGAUCCAUGUCGACCAGGGGUCCUCAAUGCCGUGAAGAUCUGCAAGUCUGCAGGUGUGCAAAUCAAAAUGAUAACGGGAGACAAUGUUUUCACAGCAAAAGCCAUAGCUACAGAAUGCGGAAUACUACAGAUUGAGGACGAAGCAAAUUAUGGUGAACAAGUGGUAGAAGGAGUCGAGUUUCGAAACUAUUCACACGAAGAGAGAAUGGAAAAGGUUGAUAAGAUCCUCGUGAUGGCCAGAUCCUCCCCGUUCGACAAGCUUCUGAUGGUGCAAUGCUUGAAGCAGAAAAAUCAUGUGGUUGCAGUCACAGGAGACGGCACCAACGACGCACCUGCAUUGAAAGAAGCUGACAUAGGACUCUCCAUGGGGAUCCAGGGCACCGAGGUGGCAAAAGAGAGCUCGGACAUCAUCAUAUUGGACGACAACUUCAACUCUGUGGCCACAGUUUUGAGGUGGGGCAGAUGCGUUUACAACAACAUACAGAAAUUCAUACAAUUUCAGCUUACUGUCAAUGUGGCAGCUCUGGUUAUCAACUUCAUUGCAGCAGUUUCAGCUGGAGAUGUUCCCUUAACAGCAGUUCAACUGUUAUGGGUGAAUCUCAUCAUGGACACUCUUGGUGCUCUGGCUCUUGCAACCGAGCGGCCUACCAAUGAGCUCAUGCAGAAGCAGCCUGUAGGCCGAACCGCGCCGCUCAUAACCAACAUUAUGUGGAGAAACCUUUUAUUUCAAGCUCUGUACCAAAUAGCUGUCCUCUUGAUCUUGCAGUUCCGGGGAGAGUCUAUCUUCAAUGUCACUAGUGAGGUGAACGACACUUUGAUUUUCAAUACUUUUGUGCUCUGUCAAGUUUUCAACGAGUUCAAUUCGAGGAGCAUGGAGAAGCAGAAUGUGUUCAAAGGCAUUCACAGGAACAGACUGUUUAUUGGGAUUGUGGGGGUAACUAUUCUUCUUCAAGUUGUGAUGGUGGAGUUCCUCAAAAAGUUUGCAGAUACAGAGAAGUUGAACUUGCUUCAAUGGGUGACUUGUAUUUUAAUUGCAGCAGUGUCAUGGCCAAUUGGUUGGAUUGUGAAGUGUAUACCUGUCCCGGAAGAACCAGUCUUCGAAAUUAUCAGGAGGUCAAUAGUUACUUUCAAAAGAAAUAUGUGAGCAUAGCUUGGAGACCAGGACAAGACGUCUGGUCUGGUAUUCGAGCGUGGAGCUCUGGGCGUGAACUUAGGGCUACAGGUCCAACAUAUAGAGCUCGAGGCUCUAUAUUUGGAGCUCGGCGCUCGAGGUUCAUGUCCUACAUCCAGAGCUCGAAAUUUGAGUCCAGUCGAGUGCUUGAGGUUUGGGGCCCAGGGCCAAUGCUUGGGGCUUAAAGUCCUAGGCUCCAAUGAAUUAGAAUGAGCAUUAUUCACCUCUACUCAGAAAUUCUCAUUGCAUUCUCAUUCCCAAACCUCAAACAUUGGAAUGAGAAUUGGACUAAAUGCUUAUUCACCUCUAAGAAUGCUCAUUCCAUUUCAUCCCAUUGAACAAAGGUUUACAUAAAGAUAUGUAUCUUCAUAGUAGAAAAUGUUUUAGUUCCAAGAUGAGAUUCUUUGUAUGUUGGUUGGGCUAAAUUUGCUGUAAUCUUUUGAUAGGAGAUGUAAGUGAGAGCCUAGGCUCAAUACAAUCAACAAUCACUCUUUAUUAUUA